GUCGCCGCCGCCGCCGCCGCCGCCGUUGCCGCCGCCGCCGCCGCCGCCGCCUCCUCCGAAGCCGAAGCUGUGAAGCGACCUUCGCGUUCGGGAGUAGAAUUCGGAAUCCCCGCGCCUGGCUAACAAUGAAGCAGAGUUCCAACGUGCCGGCUUUCCUCAGCAAGCUGUGGACGCUGGUGGAGGAAACGCACACCAACGAGUUCAUCACCUGGAGUCAGAAUGGGCAAAGUUUUCUGGUCUUGGAUGAGCAGAGGUUUGCAAAAGAAAUUCUUCCCAAGUACUUCAAACACAAUAACAUGGCCAGCUUUGUGAGACAACUAAAUAUGUAUGGCUUCCGUAAAGUAGUACAUAUCGACUCCGGAAUUAUAAAACAGGAAAGAGAUGGCCCUGUUGAAUUUCAGCAUCCUUACUUCAAACAAGGCCAGGAUGACUUAUUGGAGAACAUUAAAAGAAAGGUUUCAUCUUCAAAACCAGAGGAAAAUAAAAUUCGUCAGGAAGAUUUAACAAAAAUUAUAAGUAGUGCUCAGAAGGUUCAGAUAAAACAAGAAACUAUUGAGUCCAGGCUUUCAGAAUUAAAAAGUGAGAACGAGUCCCUUUGGAAGGAGGUGUCAGAAUUAAGAGCGAAGCACGCCCAGCAGCAGCAAGUUAUUAGGAAGAUUGUCCAGUUUAUUGUUACACUGGUUCAGAAUAAUCAGCUUGUGAGUUUAAAACGUAAAAGACCUCUACUUCUAAACACUAAUGGAGCUCAAAAGAAGAAUCUAUUUCAGCACAUAGUCAAAGAACCAACUGAUAAUCACCAUCAUAAAGUUCCACAUAGUAGGACAGAAGGUUUAAAGUCAAGAGAGCGGAUUUCAGAUGACAUAAUUAUUUAUGAUGUUACUGAUGAUAAUGCAGAUGAAGAAAAUAUUCCAGUUAUUCCAGAAACUAAUGAGGAUGUGGUGUCUGAUCCCAACUGCAGCCAGUAUCCUGACAUUGUAAUUGUUGAAGAUGACAAUGAAGAUGAGUAUGCCCCUGUCAUUCAGAGUACAGAUCAGAGUGAACUAGUCAGAGAGUCAUUAAGUGUGGGAAGUGCUGGCGGCAGCCCCCUUAUGUCUAGUGCUGUGCAGCUAAAUGGCCCAUCCAACCUGACCUCUGAGGAUCCUGUGACCAUGAUGGAUUCCAUUUUGAAUGACAACAUUAACCUCUUGGGAAAGGUUGAGCUGUUGGAUUAUCUUGAUAGCAUUGAUUGCAGUUUAGAGGACUUCCAAGCCAUGCUUUCAGGAAGACAGUUUAGCAUAGACCCAGAUCUUCUGGUUGAUCUUUUCACUAGUUCUGUGCAGAUGAAUCCCACAGAUUACAUCAAUAAUAAAAAAUCUGAGAAUAAGGGAUUAGAAGCUACCAAGAGCAAUGUCAUUCAACAAGUUUCAGGAGAGGGAAGAAAAUCCAAGUCUAAACCAGAUAAACAGCUUAUUCAGUAUACUGCCUUUCCACUUCUUGCAUUCCUCGAUGGGAACUCUGCUUCUGCUAUUGAACAGGGGAGUACAACAGCAUCAACAGAAGUUAUAUCUUCUGGAGAUAAGCCCAUAGAAGCCAAUGAGCUUCUGGAUGGCAACCUGGACCCAGAACCAACCCAAAGCAAGCUUGUUCGGCUGGAGCCAUUGACUGAAGCCGAAGCUAGUGAAGCCACACUGUUUUAUUUAUGUGAACUUGCUCCUGCACCUCUGGAUAGUGAAAUGCCACUUUUAGAUAGUUAAAUCCUCAAAUGGACACAUAUGUAUAUAUUCAUCAAAAUGAUGAAGUAUUUAUUUUAAAGUAUUGGUACUUUGUUUUGUAAAUUACUUUUUGUUUAAUCAGAUACUGUGGAAUAAAAGCACCUUUUGCUUUUUUCACUAACCACACUCUAGCAAAGCUUUCGGGUGUUACUCGGCUGCCUAUAUAUAAACUUUAAUGCACAUUAUUGGCAUAUCUUAGGUUGAAUUCAAAUGGCCAUUUCUCCAGUUGUAGUAAUUUGGAUUUUUUAUAUGCAAAUAUGACCAUUUAAUCCCAGUUAAACUUGGUUAUUUUCAAUUGACUUUAAGUGUUUUAGAACUAAAGGUAGAAAACUGGUCUAGUUACCAUUAAGUAUUUUUGACUUGGCUUAUUUUUAAAACUGGGAACAUAAAGUGCCUGUAUCUUGUAAUAUUUCAUGUCUUUCUUUGUUCAGAGAAAUUCUUUUAUGUUCAGAGAAAUGUAUUCUCAACAAAAAAGGCAAAGUACACGAGUAAUCACUCUGAAGGGUUUCCAGCUCCACACACAUAGAAUGUGGAAACAGGUUGCAGUUAACCCUGUCCACUUAGACUAGGUUAAGUAUGUUUUCUGGUUUGUUCUUUUGGACCAUGGUAUUUAGUAAAAUAAAUAUGACGAUGUUGAGUACUA